AAAAAGUCUGCAUGUCAACAUCAUUUGCAUUAUGGGAUGCAUUUAUUCCUAAAUUAACAAUCGUGUUAACAUUCAUUAAUAAAAUGGCUGAGGACCGUUUUGUUGAGUUCCUAUCAAACCAUAACGUCAUUUCCUUUAUUGGACGUGGCUCAUUUGCUGAAGUGUACAAAAUCGAAAGGAUUUCGGAUAAAGAACAGUUUGCCUUGAAAGUGGUAAAACCAAAUGGAAAUGAAACAAGAGAGUUGGGCAUUGCCAGCCUGCUCCAAAAUGAACGACAUCCCAAUAUUUUGCAUUACAUUGAUGCCUAUAAAAGUUUUCAUCAAAUUCCUUCAAGCAUUUCAACUAGGUUUACGUCGUACGAUCAACUUCUUUAUAUCCAAACUGAGCUUUGCGAUUCUACCUUGAGGCAAAGGUUGCUCGAAAAAGAGGAUCCGACUUAUGUACGUGAGAAUAUGAAAAAAUUUGCACUCCAAAUCGCACAAGGUCUAGCCUUCAUCCACAAGAAGGGCGUAAUGCACAGGGAUUUAAAUCCUGGAAACAUUCUCAUAAAGCGAGUAGACUUGGAUAACAAUGAAGUUAUAAAAAUUGGUGACUUUGGUCUAAGUCGUCUGAUUCCUGGUCUUUCGGAAAAUCUGACGACAAAAGUUGGUUGUUUUCAUUACCGGUGUCCUGAACAGAGAUCUGGAACUCCAACGCAAUACACCCAAAAAUGUGACAACUACUCAUUUGGAGUUGUUUUGUACGAGAUGUUUCAUCCCGACGUAAUGGUUUCACAAGUUCCUGGAGAUACAUUGUACACGUUUCAUGAUGACAUGGACAAUCUAAUCAUCAUAAGCGCUGACGCUAAGAAGACGGAGGCGCUGAACAAACUGGAGAAUCAAGACUUAGAAGAUUUAAUUAGUGGCUUACUGGACAGUAAUCCAGACAACCGGCCAGAUUCAGGGAUGCUUUCUCCAAUUAUGGAAAGUGUUGUGAAUAAUGUUACUUAAAACUUCUGUGUUCAGACUUUUUAUGAGAAGAUACAUAUAUUU